GUUUUUAGAAUUCAAAUAAUAGAAUGUGUGUCAUUUCUUCAUCUAAGCUAUUGUCCAAAUAAUAUAAAGUGGUAAUAGAGUAUGAACUCAUCAAACAAACGUCUUACAGUUUCUAAACAGUGAGGAUUUUUCAUCAGUGGAACCCAUGCAUUUCUAGAAACGUCUAUUCAUAAACUCACAUUCAUCUCUUGUUUCAUUUAAUGAUAAAAAUUGAUUGAACACGCACGGGGAUAGCCGACUGUCCAAACAGCAUUAAUGGAAGUAUUAAUGACAUGCAUUAGCCGUUCUAUAAUUAAGUUUAAAUUAUUAGCGAACCAGUUCAAAUAUUAACUGAUUCUGUUAGCACUGGAUUAAUCUAAACACGAGAUGGAUAAUUUGUUGGCAGGCUUCUUAUUAGUUUCAGUAUUAAUAACAGUCUCACAAACGUAUGACACAUCAAAUGCAAGUGCUCUGGAGACAUUCUUAAAAAGUAGCUACCACAAAAAUGUUCGACCCAGUGAAACAACAAAAGUCGAUCUUGGUGCUGGACUGUUCCACAUCACUUCGUUGGACAUAGUAUCUCAACAAAUGUUCCUAGCUGGUUACAUAUACUGCAGUUGGACUGAUGAUCGCCUUAAAUGGACGGCUUCUGAUUAUGGUGGCCUGUCGGUGACACAAAUGAAGAUGUCGGACGUAUGGGUUCCACCUUUAGUACUUAACAACGCAGCUAAUGGCAUAGAACUCAUUAGCGACUAUGAUGGUAUGGCUGGAUCCUAUGUGACUGUGAGUGCAGGGAUAGUCUUGUGGGUAACAGCGGCAAAUAUUGUGUCCCAGUGUACCGUCGACAUCACGUAUUACCCCUUUGACCAGCAACGAUGCUUCAUGAUAUUCACGAGUUGGUCCUAUUCUGCAGCCGAGGUAUCUCUGUUUACGACUUCAACAUCUUUGCUACUUGACCUUUACGAAGAAAAUGGUGAAUGGGACCUAGUUACUGCAGGGCUUGAAAAUUACACAAGAACUGUUGGUGAAACCCCUCUUCCGGGUGUAAGGUUUUCGCUACUGUUGCGCCGGAAGUAUUCAUACUAUAUGAUGAACAUGAUACUUCCUGUCAUUAUUCUAGCAGUUGUCGGUGCUUUCGUGUUUGUACUUCCGAUUGAAAGUGGAGAGAAGAUUGGAUUCGCUCUAACCAUCUUGCUCUCUAUGUCCGUUGUUAUGACAACUGUUUCAGACAAUAUUCCCCCAAUCUCGACACAGACAUGCCAACUUAGUGUAUACACUUUGGUCGUCUUCAUCAUCUGUUCCGUCGAGACGUUGUGUACAGUGUUGUCCUGUCAAGUUCACUCCUAUCACGCCAAGGGAUACAUCCCGGGGUCCAGAUUGCAGAAACUCAUCUUAACCGUGGCAAAAAUCUCCUGUUAUGGACGCCCUCGAAGUGGCGCAGAUGACACAAGAUCUAACACAAAAUCUCUCUCUGAAAAGAAAUAUACAAAAGAAGAUCUCGGCGAAAAGAAGAAGGCUUGGGAAGGUAACGAUGGCAAUUAUGACGUCAAAGGAGAAAAUAUUGCAUAUACUUACGAGGAAUGCGCAUUCAUCUUCGACAGAGUGAACUUCUUCGUAUUUCUAAUAGUUCAGACAGCUACAACCACGGCAUUCUUCAUUGCUCUCCAAAUGGGAGGUGCAAACCAAUUUUGAAAAUGCUCUCCAAUUGGCGGAUUAUUCAGUCUUUGUCAGCUAAAAUAUCGGGUGACCAUUGUAGCAGUCUUGUAAUGACAAAGAUUCAAGUGUUGUUGGGAAACUUUUUUUGAGAUUUUCAUUCCGAACGCGCUGAGCUUGUUUAACUUUAAUAUUUGUGAAAAUGUACAAACAAAUAAUUAUAUACGCCAUUUCAAAAUGCAGUGAGCUGUGCAUGCUAACUAACCAAAUUGAUGAUAGCCAUUGUCAGUUGUUGAAGUUAACAUUUGUCACUGUUAUCGCAUCAUUCCAUUUUGUAACUUUUCAUGUUAUAGGUUUGAUAUACAUUCUGUUCAUUUGAACAAUUGAAAUAAUGGUAUGAUAUGAUAAAAUCAUGUUACUUUUAUCUUAUAAUAAGUUUUGUAGCAAAAUGCUGUAAUCGAAAAUAUGUUGUUCAUAAAUGUACGUAUAUUUAUUAUACGUAAAAACAACAUAUUUAUAUAUAAAACGCCACAUAUUCGAAAUGUAGUUCAAUAUAUUCCAAAGAAGUUGAUCUUUAACAUGUCUUAGCUUCUGAUCAAAUUUUAACGGCAGCGUGACAUAAAUAGUUGGACAAACAUACAGACUAGUAAAGCCCCCAGUAGACAUGUGUUCCAGUGAACUCGUUUUUAACUGACCAUUCCG